AUGGCCGGAGCCCUCCUCCCGGCGGCGAAGAUGACCGCGAGUGGCCGUCCCGUAUUAAAACCCGGAGAGGUGGAGUGCUCCCUCCUCUCCGCCGUUGACCUCCUAUCGGAAGACUCCCCCACCUUCCCAAACCUCAAAUCCGGCAUCCUCAUCCUCACCACGCACCGCCUCCUCUGGCUUCCACCGGAAGCCGCCCCCAACGGCCCAUCAAGCCGCCCCUGUUUUAUCCCUCUCUCAGCAGUCCAACACAUCUUCUCCACCAAAAAGUCGAUCAAAUCCAUGUUCCACAGCCCUAGGAUUCGUUUCCAGGUUUCCGCCACGGCCGAGGGGGCCAUCGCGGAGAACGGUGGCCUGAAAUCUCUGGCGAUCACUUUGAUAGUGAGAGGGAAAACUGACCCAGAUCCAUUUUUGGCGAAAUUUUGGGAAGCUUGGAGAGGAAUGGCCUGGGAGGCACAGGAGAAGUCGGAGUCCGGCGAGGGGUCGGCUUCGGGAUCGUUGGCUAUCCGAGUGCCGGUGGUUGGUGUUGCUGGUAUAUUGAGGAAAGAGCAGGAGCUGUGGGAGAGUACUGACAAGAACUUGCAGGAUGCUUUUCAGGAUUUGAAUGCUCUCAUGAGUAAAGCGAAGGAGAUGGUGAUGCUGGCCGAGAAAAUGAGAUUAAAGCUUCUCUCAGGAUCUAAUAAUCAAAUUAGUGGGGCCAAUGAUGAUGAGAUGGGUUCUAAGGAAGAGAUGCAAGAUUGGUUGUUGAGUGUCGGUAUUGUAUCUCCGGUUACAAAGGAGACAGCUGGUGCUUUGUAUCAUCAACAGUUAUCUCGUCAGUUGGCAGAUUUUGUCAAGAUACCCUUAGAGAGGGCUGGAGGAAUGAUUAAUCUGAUAGAUGUUUAUUGUCUCUUCAAUCGAGCCCGUGGCACAGAAUUGAUCUCUCCUGAUGAUUUACUGCAAGCAUCUUCUCUCUGGGAAAAGUUUGAUGUGUCGGUUAUGCUACGGAAAUUUGAUAGUGGUGUCAUGGUGAUCCAGAGCAAAACCCACAGUGAUGAAGAGGUAUUUGCCAGGAUUAGGUCUUUGAUUAUGAAGCCUGAGGCCUUACGAGCUGGCAUUAGUGCCUCUGAUGCUGCUAUGACUCUUGGUGUUGCUCCAGCUAUGGCUAAGGAGUAUCUGCUUGCUGCUGAAGGAAAAGGAUUGCUAUGUAGAGAUGUCAGUCCCGAUGGCUUUCGUUUCUACAUCAAUUUAUUUCUCGAACUUUACCCAGAAAAUCUAUACACGGUGAAAGAUCACAGUCGAUAUAGCACCUGGAUUGGGGCCGUGUUAUCCAGGUGA